AUGUUCGGGAAGGCGUUCAUCCUGUGCGCCACGGCAUUAUUUGCCGUAGCAGUAGCAUUGCCGGCAAGUGACAAGACCGGGAGCGAGAAUGAUCUCAUGGCAUCGAUUUACGCCGAUUGCCUCAAGAAGGAAUCGCUCAGUUGCAUCAAGUACAAGGUCUUCUCGUUCGUUGACAAAAUGCUCGCCGAUAAAGAAGAUAUCAGCCUCAGCGAGGGUAUCACUGUCGUUAAGACUUCAAACAUUGAGGAGGGUGCGCCUAGGUCCAUAGAGUCGAGCGAUCUAGACACGCUCUUGUUCGAUCGUCUUGGAAGAUUCCUGAGAACUCGCUCAGUUAAAGUAGACCUUAAGGGCACGGACAUCCUUGGUGCUAUCGAAUCUGCAGGACGCAGCUUUGACGAUAGCAAUGAAACUUCCAUCGAGGGACGUGGCAAGAAGAAGAAGGCCGCCAAAAUUAUCGGGCCAAUCAUCAUGGCAGUGGCGUUAAAAGCUGCCGCUCUUCUCCCCUUAGCACUUGGUUUCAUUGCUUUGAUUGCCGGUAAAGCCCUGUUAGUCGGCAAGAUCGCCUUGGUAAUCUCAACUAUCAUCGGUCUGAAGAAACUGUUGGGUGGUCAGCAGAAACACGUCACUUACGAAGUAGUGUCACACCCACACCACAGCAGCAGCCACGUUGUAACUCAUGAUGAGCACGGAGGUAGCAGUGACUUUGGUGGUUACGGUGGUGGUGGUAGUUCUGGUGGUCAUGGUUCAAGCGGCGGCUGGGCCAGAAGUCUACCGAUCGCUCAGGAGAUGGCGUACGCCGCGCAGAAACCAGCGUCUAUCCCCCAGCAAUAG